AUGGAAGAACAUAAACCUAUUGAGAGAGAACUCAAUGAAGAGAAAAGAUAAAAAUAUCAUAGAGCAGGAUUUAUUGGACAUCAAGUUCAAAAGAGGUAAUCUAAAAUUUAAUUCUAGACUAUUAGCAUCUAAUAUAUUAAUUGUCAAUAUGACAGGUAGUAACACUGAACUAGCUAAAAAUUUAAUAUGAUAUUAUUAGGAGAAAAAGUACUCUAUUUAUUGGCUAUUUUUUUAGAGAGGUAAAAUUGCUUAAGAAGAACUCA